AUUCAUCAAUUUCAAACGUGCGAAUCUCAGCACUCUUCAUUACUACUUUCUCACUAGUAGGAUGCACCGUGUGUCAUCUCUUAAGUUUUGCCUGCUUCUAGUAUUAUGCGAGUGAACCGCCUUCGUUUAUGCGUGUGAGUUAAUUUAUCUCUAUUCGUAUCGAAAAAUCAGAGUGCUCCAUAUAUACAGUACUUCAUAUAUAUGGCAACACCUCGUAUAUACAAGCUUGGUAGUGGAAGAAUUUUUUAAUCUUUAAAAUUGGACUUAAAAUUAGUACGACUACUUCCAACGUUACUCUAAUUGCCCAUUUUGGCAUUCUGAAUAUCUGUACCGCCUGGGUUGAACUACCCUAAAACACAAAUCCGUAUGACAGUGACAGAAGAGAAUGCAACGGAACGAAAAACACAGUUCCAAGAGCUCUAUCAUUCAAAAAACUAGGAAUUCAAGCUUCUCAGAACAAAGAUUUGCUUUUCAAAUAGUCUAAUGAGCUCUUUUUUGAUUGUCAUGUUUUUCAGUCAUAGUAAAAAUUUAUAUUACGGUAAUUGUUUUGUUGAGAGUGAUGAUUCGGGCUUGUUCUAGGUUAAUUUAUUCGAAGGAGAAAGUGAGACAUGUCAGGACCUACUGCUUCCUGAUAUUUUUUUCUCAUUCUUAUAACUUGAUAGUACACAAAUCAAAAACCUUUGAAAAAUAUCACCAGUAAUUUUUUUUAAGUAACUCGCACAGCCUUGAGGCUUUUUAAAUUUGCUAAUUUAAAAUUUUUGAAACAUAUCAUUUCAAAUUCAUUAAAUUUUGAGGAAUUGCUUGAUAGUUCUGAUGAAAUAAAGAAAUUUUUUCAGAAAAAAUCAAUUAUUGAAAAGUUAUUCCAUUUUUCCUGAGAUUUUUUUUAUUAUAAGUAGGCCUUUACAAAUAGAAAAUCUUUUAAAAAUACCACCAUUAAAAAGUUUUUCCAGCCUGUUGCACAGCCUUUCCUAACCAGCACGAAGCAACUUUCAAAAUUUUACGUGAUAACAGAGUCGGCUCAAGUGGUCAUCCUAUCACUCUUAUCUCUUAUACUAUCUACUUAACUCUUAUCUUAAUUAUACGAUAAGCGAUAAGAUAACAGUACGAUCACAACAAAGUCAACCGCUUCCCUAAACUAGACUUUGAAAGAGUAAGACAAGCUUCUCCUACAUAAAAUUUAUUCAGCGAUUUUAGCAUUCAAUCCUACCUCGGAGUAAAGAAAUAUAAAUGGAGAGUGUUUUCUUCUUCUGUAAUCGUACAUUCUCCAAUUCUUCAAUAAGUUAUGUGACGUCUUAUUUUCAGGGAAAUUGUCCAAGCAUGUUUCCCAUCAUACCUCAGACUUAUACCAGCAAGUCACUGCCUCCAUUGGGUCAGCCCUACUCAAGUGGUGUUUUCAUAGAUAUCUGCACCACUAAAGAAAGUGCACCACUGAAGAGAGAGAUGGAAGCAGUCGGUGUCGGAAUAAUAGCAUCGCAAGAUAUCCCAUCAGGAUCGGCGACAAAGGAAUAGAGCUCUCUCAAAUCAUGAGGAACUGUGGAGGCGAUGAUAAUCAGAAUAAGACAACCACCACAGUAUCUCUGCACAAGGAUGGUCACUUGCGACAGGAUACCGAAGAUAAAGAUUGUUACAAAUGGAUUCAAAGCAUGGCAUUGGCUGAUGAUUGUCAAAGCUACAAUGUUCAGCUCAGAAAAUGUUGUGGGAGUGAAAGUGUGAGGCUCGUUGUCACCCAGCCGCUCAAAAAAGGAGAGAAACUGUUGAUGUGGUUCUCAGAUGAAAUUCUGUCCUUAUUGAUGAUGCCAUUCCUCACUCCAGUUAACAUUCAAGGCGAGAAAAACUACCGAUGCCAUCUCUGCAGGAAGACAUUUGAAUAUCCCAACCCUUUGAAAAUCCAUAUCAUGCUGGGAUGUUUCUCCAAUGGAAAUGGCCUAUGGAGGAGACUCAGUGACGCCUUGAAAUCUGAUCCUUCAAAACUAGAAGGCACACCUGAAACUGGCCCAAAAACUCCUAAAAUUGGCCCCACUUUCAAAUUCAGUUUGAAACCAACAUCACCAGCUUCCACUGUUACCUCAAAUCGACUAAAAGAAUGUUUAGCGAAGAGGGCUUUGGUGAAAGGAUUGAAGUCACCCUCACCAAGUUUAACCACUACCUCCAAUCCUUCCCCUGAUCAUUGUUCCCAAGAGCGACUGAAUGAAGUUAGGCCAUCCUCUGAACCUUUGAGACAUUCUGCUUUCAAACCUUAUCUAAAUAGCAUUUCCAGCAACCAACAACCAAUAAAUCAGGAGCAAAAAUGGCACACAGAUGCCCUAAGAUUGGGCCCUACCUUAUCAUCCAGUGAUGUUUUCUUCACUCAUGCUUUCCCGCUCUUUCCCCCUCCCACCAACUCUCAAGUCACGUGUUCCUCGUUGCCAAACAUGGCGGAUAUGAAGGAAAGCAGUAAAAUGCUGAUUCAGCAAGCGGUCGACAUGGAAACGUUGGUCAGUAGCCUUGGGAGGUCGAAGCAGGGUCACCUCUGCAUCUAUUGUGGCAAGGUCUACUCCAGGAAAUACGGGCUGAAGAUUCAUAUAAGGACCCACACCGGAUUCAAGCCUCUCAAGUGCAAAUACUGUUCAAGGCCGUUUGGUGACCCAAGUAAUCUCAAUAAACAUGUGCGACUGCAUGCCGAAGGAGAAACUAAGUACAAGUGUGAUCAAUGCGGCAAAGUAUUGGUAAGGAGAAGAGACUUGGAGAGGCACAUGAAAUCCAGACAUCAACUAGACUGUGAUGAGCUUGAAGAUCUCAGGAUAUCGCAAGACGUCAACUGUUGAGUGUUUGAAGAGAAUCGUGAUUGAAUGAAUUGAAAUAAUACCUACUUCGACUAUGAAGUUGCAAUGAUAUCAUCCGAUUUCUAGUCGUAUUCAUAAGGGUGAUGAAUAUAAUAGCAGAUAAAAAUACUGUAUAUCUUGUAAACCUAAUGGAUAAAUAAAUGGAUAUUAUAAGUAAAUCUCGAUGUCUUAAUUGCUUGAAGAUUAAAAUGUGAUAUAACAGUGAAAGACUUAACUCAUACGGCUUCAUAAUUUUGUAAAAUAAUAUUAUUCAUAUAGACUAGAGGAUUCUAACUUUAAUUGUAUACGGUACCUACUAUUUUGCAACUAUAUUGUAUUAUAACAUAUUGUAAUUUUGUUCUUGCUAAGAGAAAAAUGAUGAUAGAUCAUAUUUUUAUAAUUUAUGCCAAUGCUCAUUGUAAAGAAAGUUGAAUAGAAUUUUUGAAUAUUAAAAAGAAUUAUCAUAAUUAUAUCAUACUAAUAAAAAUUAUUUUUGAAAA